AUGGUGGACGGAUUCAGAUUUUGAUUUUAGACAGAGUCUUGUUGUCCAUUGACUUUUGGUGUGGCUGCCUGUCUACUUACUACCUUCAACUGCUCCGAUUCUUCGAUACAAGAAAGGAAACGAAACAACUGAGAAAAACCCUACUCGUUUUUUCUUCAUCGUCUCUGAUUUUUUGGAAGGUUUUGUUGUGUAGCGAUUAUGUCAAUCGAAUCCGGAAUUUAGGGUUCUUUGAUAAUCCCUUCGAUAAGUAAGAAAUGGGUUGGAAGAAUCCGUUUAAGGAAGUGACGAAUUCAAAGCCAUUGUUCUUGACGGUAUAUGGUACUGUGUUGAUUGGAAUCCUCUUCUCUGCCAUUUAUGUCUUCUCCGCGGUUUAUACUCCUGAUUCCGCCUUCUCUUGGGGACUCUCUCAACAUGUGGCACCUUCUUCCCCAAAUCAAAGUCUUGAUUCUUAUCCACUAAGAGUGGGUGGUGGUUUAAUGGCACCUAUGCCUCAGCCCCAUGGAGGGAAAUUAAAGCCCAUUUGGGAAAUUCCCCCACCGGGUUCAAAGAUUCCCCCAUUAGAGACAUUUCGUUUAACAAAAGAAUUGGUUCAAGAAAGGGUGAAGGAUAACGUUAUAGUAGCAACCUUUGGUAACUAUGCCUUCAUGGAUUUUAUCCUCACGUGGGUUAAACACUUGACUGAUUUGGGCGUGGAGAAUCUUCUUGUUGGUGCAAUGGACACAAAACUAUUGGAGGCUUUGUAUUGGAAGGGUGUGCCGGUUUUUGAUAUGGGAAGCCAUAUGAGUACAAUAGAUGUUGGAUGGGGCUCACCAACGUUUCAUAAAAUGGGAAGGGAAAAGGUCAUUCUCAUUGAUUCAAUGCUACCUUUUGGUUACGAAUUACUCAUGUGUGAUACUGACAUGGUCUGGUUAAAGAAUCCACUCCCAUAUCUUGCACGAUAUCCUGAAGCAGAUGUGUUGACGUCAACCGAUCAAGUUACACCAACAGUUUCUGAUGACCGCUUAGACAUCUGGCAACAAGUCGGUGCUGCAUAUAAUAUAGGUAUUUUUCACUGGCGGCCAUCUGAUUCUGCAAAAAAGUUGGCAAAAGAAUGGAAAGAUUUGCUUUUAGCCGAUGAUAAGAUAUGGGAUCAGAACGGUUUCAAUGAUCUCAUGCACAGGCAACUGGGACCGUCUGUCGAUGAGGAAAGUGGACUUGUUUAUGCUUAUGAUGGAAGCCUAAAGCUUGGACUUUUGCCUGCAAGUAUAUUUUGUAGCGGACAUACUUAUUUUGUUCAGGCCAUGUAUCAACAACUCAGAUUGGAGCCUUAUGCUGUGCAUACCACAUUCCAGUAUGCAGGAACGGAAGGAAAGCGUCACCGGUUACGUGAAGCUAUGGUUUUUUAUGAUCCACCGGAAUAUUAUGAUUCACCAGGAGGCUUCUUGACAUUCAAGCCAUCUAUUCCCAAAAACUUAUUACUUGAUGGGGAACAUAAUCUUCAAACACAUUUCACCCUUGUUAAUUAUCAAAUAAAGCAAAUAAGGACUGCGCUUGCCAUAGCAUCAAUCUUGAAUCGCACAUUGGUUAUGCCUCCAUUGUGGUGUAGAUUGGAUAGAUUAUGGUUUCCACAUCCGGGAGUUCUCAUAGGGUCAAUGACAAGACAACCCUUCAUCUGUCCUUUGGAUCACGUAUUUGAGGUGCAUACGAUGUUAAAGGCACUGCCCGAGGAGGAAUUUGGUCCUGGAAUCGGUAUAAGAGAGUAUUCUUUAUUUGAAAACCCAUUGAUGCCUGCACAGGUGAAGGAAUCAUGGCUCGAUGUACAACUAUGUCAAGGAGGGUCAGAAAAUUGCCAAUCAAACAGUACAAACACAAGACUACUCAGAUUUCCAAGGCAUAGCAAUGAAGAAACGUUCAAAACAGUAUUCUCCCCAUUGAAAGAUGUCAAAGUCAUCCAGUUUUCAUCAAUGCAAGAUGCCUUCCUAGGAUUCACCGAUAAGACAAGGGAAGAAAAAUUCAGGAACCGGGUAAAGCGAUAUGUCGGAAUAUGGUGUUGUGUCGACAAACACACUCCAGGUCACAUAUACUACGACAUGUUUUGGGACGAGAAGCCCGAUUGGAAGCCUCUCCCUCCCCAAACCCCAGAAGACGAUCACCCUCAUUGGUGAUCAUGAUCAUAAGCAAACAACCAAGAUUUUACGGGAUAUCUGACGAAUCUCUGACGUAUAAUCGAGUCCUUACCAAUGGUUCAAAUCAACGAGACUUGUGAUCCAUGGUUAUGGUACUGUACUUUCGUGUAUACAAAGAGCAAAGGGUCGUUGAGUGAUAUUGGGGCUCGGUUUUGAACAAUAAUGUUAUACUGACUUGUACCUCGCACAUUGAAAGUUGCGUUUUGUUCGAUGAUUUUUAUUGGUUUCAAUAGAGAAAGGUUUAGCUUUUGUUCUUAUGUGCAACAAACAAGUGAGCAAAUGAAACCAGGAACAAGUAAAGCCUUUUGCAUUUGAUGUUCUUCA